AUUCACAGUUAUCGAGGCGAUCAAAGCACAGUUUAAGUUUUCGUUUCGAAAGUGUUACACACAUUUUACAACAGCUGAGACAAGAAAAAUAGAGAAAUAUUAUCAAAGAAUUUCUCAUAAAGAAAGAAAAAUAUAUAUCUUGUAAGAAGCUCUCACUUUUCCAAUAUUUUUCCUACUUUCAGCCGAAAAGUAAAUGUUUAUAAGUUUUUAAAUCGAAUUUUUCAUUGAGAUUAUUCUAAAAAAUAGAAUUGUAAAAAAUUGGAAAUUCGAAAAAAUUAUUCAUUUGAAUAUUAUUUAUUAAAAACAUUAACCAUUUUGAAGAAACUAUGUUCUCUUUUAUUAUUAAAAAGUUUGUGAAUUAUUGUGAAAGUGACUGUCGAACUGAUCAUAGUGACGAAGUUGAAAGUGAAAUAAAUAAAAGUGUUGCAAGAAAAUUUCACGCAUUCAAAAAUUUCGAAGGAAAAAACAUUAUUGUAGUUUGGUAAAAAUAUAUGUAUUUGUUUUAAAAAAAAAUCUAUUUUGCUUGAAAAACAAAAAAACUUUUAAAAGACUUAGAAAAACUACAUUCUGUAAAGUAUAGAAUAAAACAAUACUUUAAAGUCAAAUAUUUGUCUCUGAAGAGAAAAAUCAUCUCUUAAAUGAAAAAAUAUUUCUUAAAUAAAAUGUCAACCGGCAAACGACUGGCCAAGAGAUCCAUCAUUGGAAUGCGCGUUUGUGCUCUUGCCGAAGACGGAUUUUAUUAUCCGGGUCGCAUACACGCAGUUAAAACACCGGCCUCACCCAAGGACAAUCAGAACUGCAUAAAUCUUACACCCAAUACUCGGUAUUCAGUACGUUUUGAUUCAAAUCCGGUUUUUGGUUCGCAACGUCGAGGAAUUUAUGAAUUUAGUUGCUCGGAGUUAAUUGGUGAUGGUUUCGGAAGCAUAAUCGAUGUUAAACUAAAGCCAGGUCAAAAAGUUUACAUCACCCAUAACGGUCGUGAAAUUAGUGGAGUCGUUAUUGAGCAUAACGUUCAAGUAGACGAAGUUAACAUUCAGAUACAAGGAGCUGCUAAUGAAGCAAAUUUUGAGUUGGUGAAAAAACUGGAAGAAGUUCGUCUCUCAGAAUCGCGACGUUCACCUCGUUUGGCCGAUCAGGAGCGUAGCACGGACUUUGCACGUUUAGCAGACAUGGCCGGUGACCGCCGUCGUACAUCAUCUCAAAGUAUAGAUGUUCCAAUACAAUUUACACAGAACGGAUCACGCAAACGUCGAACCUCUUUCAGUUUGGAUGAACGUUACUACAUGCUGGAUAGCGAUGAAAUGGACGAAUGCAAUGCUGCUCUUGUUUUGAUGAGUCUUUCAUGUUCACCUAAUUCACCACGUCAAGCCUUUGAAGGCACUUUGCUAGGAACAAGUCCUGGGGACAGUAUUCAAUCAAGUAGUGGUUCAUCAUCUCCGCACUUAAGUGAUGACGGAAAUGUUAGCAGCAGUAGUGCUAGCAGCAGUGAUAAGAAAUACAUCAUUAAACAAAAUCAUAAACUUCAAAUAAAUCAACAUAACAUGAGUGUUGACCAAGCCCGACGAAAUCAGCGCACAACCUCGUUGUCAACCUCAGACGAAGGCAUCGUCAUGGAUUAUGGCGAAGAGAUGUUACGAAAAAGACGAACAAAGAUUUACAAAUGUACAUGGAAGAAUUGUGGUUCAACUUUUGCAACUGAUGAACAAGUCAAAUCGCAUGUACGCAAUGCACAUCUUGGGCCGAAAAGCAAUGAUGACGAAGACUUUUAUUUUACUGAUCUUGAAGAUGAGACCGAAACAUUUGGCAUCGAUACUAUGGUUUCAUCUCCACCGUUGCCACCAACUCUAAGCCACAGUGAUAUGGCUCGGCCACCACAUGAAGAUCCUGAAUAUCAAAGGCAGAUCGUUGGAAAUAUUCGUCAAGGAUUAUUGAUGACGUCUGGAUCAAAUAACGGACAAGCUUACAUGAAGACGUCACUUUCUUUUGCUGGAAUAAAUUCGGUUUCUAAUAAUAAUGCUUGGGUACAAAAUAACUUGGGUUCUCCACAAAAGCAUGUCAAACUAUCACCACGACCGUCCACUUCGUAUGCACCGUAUCCAUCAACAACAUAUUCAACAUCAAAUUAUCCAGUUCUUAUACAGCAAUAUAAUUCAAUGCCAUCAUCACACGGAUCAAUUUCAAAAUUAUCUCAUAGUUCUCCACCUCAGUUACCACCACCACCCCAACAAAAUUUGCUGAUGCAUUCACCAUUGAAAUCAAUUAAUCAAGCUAAUAAUAGUAAUAAAAUGCGUCCCCAAAUAGUAUCCCCGGGUCGGCGAACGCGAGGCGAAAACAAGAAAUGUCGAAAAGUUUACGGAAUGGAUAAUCGUGACUCUUGGUGCACUCAAUGUAAGUGGAAGAAAGCGUGCAGCCGCUUUGGUGAUUGAAAGUUGCUAAAAAAUAAACAAAUGCUGCCCCCAUAUAAAUAAUAUUAAAUAAUAAAUAUAAAAAUAUAUUUUGCAAUUCUUUUACAAUAAGACCGAUACAAAAACAAAAAUAGGAAGGCAGAGUUAUACCGAAUAUAAAUAUGUGCAAUCUUUAAUGAUCUUUUCAAUAAUUCUCUUUGAAACUACAACUAAAAUAUUUAGAUAAAAAGGGAAAACAAAUUAUUUAGUUCCAAGUCUGCUUUGAAAUCAAUCAUGAAGAAGCACAGAAUUAAAUCGCAAAAGAAUGUGAAACAAGUUUAUUAAAGCAUAAGUGAUAAAUCCCUUCAGGAUCCAAAAGAAAAUAUAUGCAUACAUAAUAUAUACAUAUAAGCACUUUAUUGCAUAUUUUACUUGAGAACAAUGUCAAAUAGAGCCAAAUUUUAUUUACCUGAUUGCUUUCUGUGUCAACUAUUAUUUGUUAAUUACUAUUAUUGUUAUUAUUAUUAUUUUUAUUUUCAAAUUGAUUCUUAACUACAUAUUUAAUAUCAAUGUAAAUAAUGCAAAUAUGUAUUUUUAAUGUAUUUAUUUUUCUGGGGUAUUAAUGUUUUCAAAUUCUAAAUAUGUAUAUCACUUUACGUUAUUUUAAGUAUUUAAGGAUAGUACAUAUGUACUUGUUCACUUUACCUAACUUUGGAUUGUUUGGUUUUUUAUGAAGCGAAAAUGUGAUUUACUUUCUCCUAAUGAUUCUAAUAUUAUUUCGAUGGAUUCUUCUUUUAAAAAGAUGUCGGUAUGCUCAAGUUCUAAUUUCUUUCGCGGUACUAUAUUUUCUUUUAAUUUUUUUGUCCUUUUAGCAGGAAAAUAUUUAGAAUACCUUAUUUUAUUAAAUAUGAGCCACAGUGUGAUUCACUAAAUAAAAUAAUUAAAAGUUAAUGCUUAGAAUAUUGUCAUUAUUAUUAUUAUUAUUAAAUGUAACAGAUAUAUUUUAUCUUCUUUUAUUUCUGUUAUUACCAUAGAUUUACUUUAUUCCCAAUGUAAAUUUACAUGAAAAAAGAAAUUAUUAAAAGAUGACAAAAAUGAAAAUGAUACACAGAGACAAGAAAAAGUUUGUGACAAUAAAGUUCAUGCUAUUAAGCAAAACAGAAAUUUUAUAAUGAUAUUAAAACUCUUAUUUUCAAAAUGAAUUUGAAAUGCUCCUAGCAUUAUUGUCAUUUAACUAUUUUUUGUCUCAGUGCAGGAAAUAAAUCAAAAGACAAAAUAUGAAGGUGAAUAUUUGUAUGAGAUUAAAUGCAAUAAAAGUGAAGAAAGUACAAGAUAAAUCUUUCAUCGGAAAAUAUUUGCAAUAGUGAUCAGAAUCAAGAGCAAAUAUUUAACAACUGUUAAAAAAUGAAUUCUCAAUAUUUUCUUUUAAAAAAUUAAUUAAACGUUCAUUCAAUACAAACCAUCAUAUUUUUGCUCUUCUUUUUGAAUAGCAGCCACUAUUUAGUUAACGAAGUAGAUUGAUGUAGUAGAACUGCAAAAAAAACAAAAACUUAUAUUGUACACGCAUAGCUUUAAAAAUGUAGAUAACAUCAGAAAAAAUUAAAAAAAAAUUACUUAUUGUGUGAGGAAGAGCAUCUUUUAAACUUGUUCUCCUUGAAAUGCAAUCAUAAAAUCAAAUCAAUAUUCUUUCUUACAUCCAUGUCCCUUCAAAUGAAAUGCGACAAUUUCUUAAGUGUUAAAAUUUAAGUAUGAAUUAAAUAUGGAUAUUAUCGAAGAUAUGAAUAAAUAUUUAUAUAGACAUAUUUAUUUUGAAAGACUAUCGAAGGUAGAAUUGAUUAAAUAUGAAAGCAAGACAAGAGGUUGCCAUGUUGAAACAAAAAUUGUGCAAGGGUCAAGAAAGCAAAUGGAUAUUCGGAAAUUCGCAAGCGAUUCAGUUAAAAAUUUGGCAGUGAAAAGGCAAAUUAAAUAGAAGGCAAUUAUUGUUCGCAUAUAAUAUUGAAAUGUUUUAUUUUAUUAGUUAUCUAAUCAAAAAGUCUGAAAAAUUGCUCCCAUUUUUUUUACAAAUUAGGAAGAAAAAGAAAUAAAAAUAAUGUUCAUGCAGAAUUGCAAAGCUUAAGAAAUAAAAAUAGCUAUUAAAACUCUGUUCUCAGUUAUUUGAUUCAUAUUAAACACCCAAAUGAAUUGAGGAAAACUUUUUUGUUUGGAAAUAUCUCACUGCCAAAACUUAAAUUUUAGGAAAUCGUAAAUAAAGAAAAAAAUAUCUAGUUAUAGUAAAUUAUUCGAAUUCAAAUGCAUGAAUGAUAAAUUUGUGAAUUAAACUGAAAAUCUAUUGGUGCAUAUUUUUGACCUUAAAAUAAUAUUGCGAUUUCGAACAUUUUUACUAUUCGAAACAAACGAAACCUAAAUAAUUAUUGUCGGAAAAUAUGUAUGAUUGAAAACUAUAAACCGGAAUCGCAAAAUAUUUAACAAAAAAAACGACAUAAAAUACUUAAAUAUUCCAUCGGUAUUUUAAAUCUUAAUGCAUACUGAGUGAUGUUCUCGAGUUAAUAAUAACUGCAACUUUCUACUGCCAACGCUUUUGUUUCGCGAUAAAAUUUGAUUUCAUUCUAUGGUUAAAAUUAAGUUCAUAUACAAAAGAACUGAGAUUAAAUAAUUGGAUUUAUAAUUUGAUCUUCUUAAAAAUAAUAAGCAGUAGAAACUUUCUUCAUGUUGAAUAUCAUUAACGGAUUCAAUUAUGGAAUACUGAAGGUUGCUUUACAUAUUUUUUUUAAUUUUCAUGAAAGAAAAUAUGUGAUUAAAGACAAAAUUAAAAUUAAAAUAAAAAAAAAAGAUACUAGACGAUAAAAUCUAAUUAAAACCAUCUUUGUGCAAACUCAUCAUGCCCUGUAAAAAUAACAACAGUUACCCAAAAUCAGACUUCGAAAAUGUUACAAUGAUCUCAUAAAUCAGAUUCCAUUCUGACGAGUAAUGAGUUUAAAAUACUUUCCUUUAAAACAUGUAUGUAAACAUUUAUGUAACUGAAAACAAGAAACUAAACUCUUCGUAUAAAACUUAAAAAUAUGAAUGACAAGGUUACAAAUCAAAAAAUUUAGAAUUCAAGUGAGGUAGCAAAUGACACUGAAUAAAUCAUGUAAAAUACCAUUUUGUAUUUAAGCAAAAUUCGACCUUGAGUUGUUACUCAUUAACACAAGUUGUGUAUUUUCUUGAUCCAUUAUGUUAUUUUUCAUCAUUUUGCACCUCACCAUAAAAUUUGUAAUGUGCAUCCUUUGAAAAAGUUUUGCCAUUUAAAAAUACCACAAGUCACUUUAAUAAUAUAAUUAAACAUUAUAGUUUGGAAAGCAAUUAUACUCUGAAACACAAAUUUUAUGCCGAUUUGUUAUCAUGUUUUGUUUUAUGAUUGUCACCAAAAUAUGUGUUGUUGGCUCCAUUUUGCUUAAGUAUAAGCGUUGAUGUUACUUCCCAAAACUCAACACAAUAAUAAUUAAAAAGUUUUUCAUAAAAAAUCUUCUCGUUUUUAUAUCUAUUUUGAUGAAGAAUAAAGUUACAUAGAUCUUCUAAAUUAACCCAUGCAGAUGUCUGAUAUUUAUAAGCGAGACAUGAGAAGUUUGAAAGAAAAACACAAAACGAGAAUAUAAAUAAUUGCCUAAACUUGUAUGCAGAUAUGUAUUCGUACAAAUUAACAGAUAAAUAGAAAGAAAUCAGUUAAAGUUCUUUUGAAGACUAGAAUUGAAUUAAAUUCUACUAAAGACAACCAUCCUAGUCUAACAAAAAUCACUGAGAUCUCCACUUUUAUCGUACUAUGUAGACACAACAUGCAUAAAGUGAAAAUAAAAAUUAUAUAAUUUUAUGAAAUUUUACCAAAACAGAAAAGCAAAGUUAAAAACUACACAAUUCAAAAAUGUUUAUGAAAGCUAAGAUUUUCCAGAUAUUAUAUAAAUAAACGUUAGCAACUGUAAAUGUAUUUUUUAGAUGUAAUUUUCAGAGUAAAAUCACAUUAAAAGCAUGGUCAUGAAAUCAAAGUUAAACAGAAAUUCAAAUAAUAUCUUUGAAAUAGAAUUCUUAAUUUUUGUUACAUCAUCUAUUAUUUAAAGCAAUGAAAGAACUCUUUCUGAGUUAUUAAUUAAACAUGAGACGACGAUCAGUAUUGCUAAAUUGUCCAAGAAAAAAUUUAAAAAAAUUCUCUCUGAAUUAGAAAUUUAUGUGAUUUUACUCUGAUGUUAUUUUAUGUUGACCAUUAUAAUAAUGAAUGUUUGUUAUCAAACCAUAAGCUUAUUAUUUUCAAGAUUAGAAUUUUAUGUAUUCGUCAUAACAUAUUCUAGAUAGACGAGUUAUUAUAUGCAUAUAAGCGGCACAACUGUUUCAUAUACUUGCCACGUGUUUAUUUCUAUAGUAGUGUAACAAUAACAUGAAAACUCUAUGAAAACACUGUAUGAUCGUAUAAUAUUCCUGAUAAGUUCGAAAUUUAAAAGAAUUUCUUCUUAAUAAUCCUCGAUCUUGCUGGUCUUAUGAAAUUUCAUUGCAAAUAUACUACGGUUUCUUUCUAUGUUCAUCGCCAUGUUGUGCCGCUCAUACAACUUUUAUUUCUUGUAAAGUACAUAAUUUUGUUUCGGCAUUGUUAGAAUAGAGUGACGAAUCCUUAGAAGGAAAUAUUAAGUUACAAAAGUUUCUUAUCCUUUACAUGUUUACAUCAUGAAUUUGCAAUAUUCACUGAUUCUGCUGAUAUCAAAAUACCUAAGAGUUUUUUUUGUUCUAUACCACUUUCAUAAUAUUGACAGAUAGAAUUUAAUUGACCCCAAUGAAAAUCAAGGUUUGUUAAUCAGUCUAAAGAUCUUAACAUUCUUGAGCAUAUCUACGAUUUUCAAAUAUUUAAAAUAUAAUAUUAUUUUUGAGUCAAUGUAAGUAGACUUAAAUCGUAUAUCUCUAAAUAAAAUAACAAUUCAGUUAAAAGUUUGAUUCAGAUAAAAAAAAACUCUUAACAGUAGCAUUAAUUUUUUUCUCUCUGGCAUAACUAUUCACUCUUAUUAAGAUUAUGUCAUACUUUUCUUCUCACAGGUUGUUAUCUAAUUGUAACAAAACAAAAAGGAAAACAAUUCUUUAAUAUAAAAAAAUCAUAUUUCAAAGCAACAUUAAGAAGAUACAUAAAUGUCAUGCCAUUAUAUUGUACAUAGAUUACAGAUUACAACUUAAUUCGAGAAAAAUAAAAUGGAUUAGAAAUUACUUUAAAAUAAGUACAAAUGAGAAUAACUACUAUUUUUUUAUUUCACUUGUGAAGUUAUAUAUACA